AUGACUGACAAAGACACAAAAAUCAAAUCGCUUGAGAUUGAAUUAGACAAUAGACAUCAACAAAUCCUCGGUUUGGAGGAUAAAAUAGCUAAAUUGCAACAAAGAAUUGAUCAGAAUGCGGAUGUUGUGGAAUUAUCAGAGAAGAUCAAGAUGUUGGAAACUCAGAAUGUGAAACUGAUAGAGAAAAAUCAGAGUGAUGUGGUGGAGUGGAAGACGAGGGAACGUGAAUUUAAACAAUAACUCAAAUUGAUGUAAGAAGAGUUAUCCUCCGUCAAGGCUCAAUUGGAUGAGGCCAAUGAUCAAUUGAAGAAUGCUCAACCCCAAAAUGAGGAAAGCAAAGUGGCUGGAUUGCAAUAAACUAUUCGAGAUCUCCAACAUGAUCACAAUGAUUUAAGAUCCAUUAAUGAUAAAUUACUUUAGAAUGCCAAUUAAUUGUCUAUACAGAAUGAAACAUUGAAAGGAUAACUUCUCAAUUCAGAAGAUCAUAAAAAAUAAUUGUAACUUCAAAUUUAAGAUUUAAAUAACAAACACAAUCUUGAGUUAGAACAAUUGAGAUUACUCAAUAAAAAACUAGUCUCUGAUCUUGAACAUAAAGAUACUCUCUAAGAGUAACAGAUGGCCAAUCUCUUAAAAUUGCAAUCUCAAUUGGAAGCCAAGGAUAGCCAAAAAGACGAGGACUUGAAUUCCAUAACCAAACAAAAAGAGGAACUCCUAUUGGAAAAUGACAAUCUCAAGAAAUUAAAUGAAAAAUAACUGCAAGAGAUACAGAUUCUUACUUAGUAGAUCAAAUCUCAGAAUCAAUAGAUCACAGAUAAAGAUAAAUUGAUUCAAGAAUUGCAAACUAAAGUAAACUAUGAACAUAAUUAAAUGGUCUAACAAUAACAGAAUGUCCUUAAAUUAGAGGAUAAAUUGAAGGAAUAAACUGUUUAAUUUGAGAGAUCAAUUAAGGAAAAGGACAGUCAGGUCUAAGACAUUAAGAAAAACUAUGAAAUCAAAAUAGCGUAGAUUGAAAAGGACAAUGCCAUUAUUUUAGAUUAGUUGUAAUAAACGAAUGAUCAGAAUAAGGAAUUGCUAAGACAAAUCAAACUGUUAGAAACCUAAUGUAAGGAGGCAACUCAUAAAGAAAUGGAAAAGGAUAAAAAGUUGAUCGAUGCCUUGGAAAGAAUGAAAAAAUUAGAUCAAGAGUUGAAAGCCUUGACAAAGUAAAAUUCAGGGAACAGAGAACAAAUCAUAUUCUUAGAAAGUGAGUUGAGUAAGGUCAAAGAAUAGAAUCGACUGUUACAUAGAGAGAAGGCGGAAAUUAAAGAAAAAUUGGAUUUCUUGAUUGCCUAAUCAAAUCGAAAGGGCAAACUCACUGAAAUUGAAGGUUUGAAGAAAUAAGUGACUGAAUUGCAAAUGGAACUUGGAUUAAUCAAAGAAUCACACAAGGUUGCUCAAACUUCACUCAAAUCAACCAUGGAUUCGGUUUCGUAUUUCAAGGGGAGAGUUAAGAAAUUGGAUUUUGAAAACCAUUCACUACUGGAUUCUAAAAUAAGAUUAGAAUCUUUGUUCUAAGAAUUACUGGAAUCUACCAAAACAAAGAAGAGUGCCUAUAGGAAUUUGUCCGAAGUGUCUCUUAAACCCCCUUAAUCAAAUAUGAUGACUGAGAAUGCCUCAUCUAUUUUAGAUCCCACUUCUGAGAGAUUAACUGCCAAGACCAAUACGAAUCAAGCCACCAGGUCUGGAGAUGUGAGAUCAUUAUUUAAAAGACCUAUCUAAGUCAUGAAAAUCAGGUCGACCCCCAAGAGAUAGUCUCAGCAUGAUUUCAAAAAGAGUGAACAGGCAAAUGAUACCAAAUAAUAAGCCAAUAACAAUAGUUUUUAAUAAUAGGAGGAGAGCAUCCCUAAUGAUGAGUCAUAAAAAAUACAUCCCAAAGAUGACUCAGAAGUUGAAACAUUAUGA